CGGGCAGCGUCAUGUCGUCACUGGGGCCGCGUGUACCUUCCAGGACUAGGUGCUGUGCCGCCUCUUCUCGCGAGAGACCGGAGACGCAAAGCCGGUGUCUGCGGAGCGGGUAUUCUGGCUAGAAGGAAGGAAGUAGCUUUUAGGUCCGGCAGUUGCAGAAAUGGCAGAGUUUGGGAUCUCUCCUGGCCAGCAGGUGGCAGUAUUCUGGGACAAGUCAUCUCCUGAGGAAGCCCUAAAAAAACUGGUAGAUAGUCUUCAAGUGUUAACUGGCAGCGAGGGCCAAGUAUUCACAGAAAACAUCAGCCAGCUGUUGCAAUCUGCCCAUAAAGAAUCCAGCUUCGAUGUUAUUCUGUCUGGUGUGGUCCCAGGAAGUGCCUUUCUGCACAGUGCUGAGGUUCUGGCUGAGAUGGCCAGAAUCCUUCGGCCAGGCGGUUGUCUUUUUCUGAAAGAACCCGUGGAGACAGCUGUAGUUAACAAUGACAAAAUGAAGACGGCCUCUAAGCUGUGUUCAGCCCUGACUCUUUCUGGUCUUGUGGAAGUAAAAGAGUUGCAGCGGGAAUCAUUAUGCUCUGAGGAGGUGCAGUCUGUCCAGGAACACCUGGGCUACCACAGUGACAGCCUGCUCUCAGUUCAUAUCACUGGCAAGAAGCCAAACUUUGAAGUGGGCUCUUCCAGCCAGCUUAAGCUUUUUAUCAACAAGAAGCCUUCUUCAGCGAAGCCUGCUGUGGAUCCCGCUGCUGCCAAGCUCUGGACCCUCUCAGCCAAUGACAUGGAGGAUGACAGCAUGGAUCUCAUUGACUCAGAUGAACUGCUAGAUCCAGAAGAUUUGAAGAAGCCCGAUCCAGCCUCCCUGAAGGCUCCUUCGUGUGGGGAAGGGAAAAAGAGGAAGGCCUGUAAGAACUGCACCUGUGGCCUUGCAGAAGAACUUGAAAGAGAGAAGUCAAAGGAGCAGGGCACUCAGCCCAAGUCUGCCUGUGGAAAUUGCUACCUGGGGGACGCUUUCCGCUGCGCUAACUGUCCCUACCUUGGGAUGCCAGCCUUCAAGCCUGGAGAACAGGUGCUCCUGAGCAAUAGCAAUCUCCAGGAUGCCUAGGAAGAACCUCAAGCACACACACCUGCUCCUCCAGCCAACUCCUGUCCCUCAGCCCACCACUGCCUCCUCCCACCUCUGAUUCAGUCACUCCACAAGCAUGGAUUCAUAGGGAGAAGACUGUCCAGAGUGAAGCUGCUGUGGUGCAGUGGUGUGUGGUGCUGCUGUGUCCUGAAAGACCAAGGUGUGAGGGACCUGCCUCUUAAUAGUGUUAGGAGAAGGGCUGUACCUAAGGGACUCCCCUCCUGAUGUGCAGUGCUGACAGUCCACACCCUUGAGUCUGAACCCUUGAAUAUUUAUGCUGUAUAAGCUCCAGGCUUGCUCAGUGACGCUGCCACCUAACUGAUUGGUCUUACUCGGUAUGUAAUUCUUGGAGCCAUGGGUCAACUGUCAAAGGGCCUCAGGGGCACCAAAGAAGUCACUCCCCAGUUGCUGUGAUCCGUCUUGUGUCCCUCUGCCCCUCCCACCUCACCCCAUUUUGUUGUGGUGUUGUAUCUGUGUCCUGUUGUCAUUUCUGUUAAACAAUAGAUAUUAAACUUUCGUGUUUCUAUGUA